CUUUUCGCGCCCGCGCACGGCUCUCGUCCCUGUCGCCACUGCCGACCUUGUCCUCAUCCUCGACACCUUCCUCCUCCUUUAAAAUCCCAAGCAUCCCUCCGUCAAGCCUCACGCCGCACAACACCCAUUUGAGCAGCAAGCUAUCCAUCCAUCCAUCAAGUGAUCGAUCAUCCAUCAUAAAGCGCGCGCGCACGCACACACACACGAGGCAGGCGGAGGGGAACAGAGAGAGCGCGGAGGAGCAGAGAUGGUGAAGAUUCCGAGCCCGAGGAGGCUGUUCAGGAGCCGGUCCAAGACCACGGCGGGCAUCGGCGGUGGCUUGGACAUGUGCGCGAUGGUGGCCGAGCACGAGAGGAUCGAGUGGGAGGUGCGGCCGGGCGGGAUGCUGGUGCAGAAGCGCCGGGGGCCGGACGACGACGGCGUGGUCGAGGCCAUCCUGGUGCGGGUCUCCGCCGGCUGCGGCGGGUGGCAGCACGACGUGUCCAUCGACGCCACGGCCACCUUCGGCGACCUCAAGGUGCUGCUGUCGCUGGCCACCGGGCUGUGGCCCAGGGAGCAGCGGCUGCUGUACCGUGGCAGGGAGCGGGACGACGGCGACCACCUGCACAUGGCCGGCGUCCAGGACAAGGACAAGGUGCUGCUCCUGGAGGACCCCGCCGUGACCGAGAGGAAGCUCCGGUCCACCACCCUCGCGCAGCUCAUGGGGGUGCCAUGCCACUCCUUCAUCCAAGUCUAAGAGAGACCCAUACCCCUCUCGCCUGCUGGGUUUGUGUGGGCAAAGAUCUGCUAGGUGUGUGUGUGUUAACUGAGUGUUAACAUCGUUCGUUUCUUUCUUCAGAGUUUUUCUCCGGGUUUAAUCCAGGGCUUAGAUUCGGCCGGUUGUAUCGAAACAUGUGCAUCGUUAGGACACAACACGGUAUAGUACAUGUUGUAAAUUACUCUAAUUUGUAUAAGCAGACAAUGACAGUGACCAUGUUGUGUAUAAAA